AUGACCAUCUCAAACCCCAAAGGCCUCUACGAGGUCUCGCAGGGUUCGGGUCACCCCGUGCUGGUUUGCCCGGGGCUCCAUAAGGGUCAAGUUCGGGUCGACCAUUACGGGUCAAAGCGGACCAAGUUUAUUGUCGCCCACGAUUCUAUGUUUUCUUGCUUGGGGCUCACUCAGGACAGUCGGCUGCUCGUUACGGCCAUCAGUAAAGGGACUUUGAUUCGGAUUUUCAAUGCUUUGGAUGGUUCAUUACUACAAGAGACGCUGUUACUCGGAAUAUCAUAUGCCUGCCGCAUUGGUGGCAAGGAAAGUUACUCGGAAUAUCCUAUGUCUGCUGCAUUGGUGGCAAGAAAAUUUGUUCCCAAAUCCGCAGGUUUAUCUUUCUCCGGUGUGCUGCCAAAGUAUUUCAGCUCAGAGUGGUCAGCAGCUAAAUAUCACUUGCCGGAAGGUCUGCGGUACACUGUUGCCCUUGGCCACCAGAAGAACACGGUGGUGAUUCUUGUCAUGGACGGAAGCUUCUACCGAUGCCAGUUUGACCCUGUAAACGGAGGAGGGAUGACUCAGAUUGAAUACCAUAACUUUCUUAAGCCCGAAGAAACCUCUGAAGUAGUGUAA